UAGUGGCCCGAUUGGAGUUUUUUGAGAGUUUAAACCACUUGUGUAUUUGAACGGCUUGACCAGCGUUCCGCAGAGAGAGCUUCGCACGCCUGGGCCUGGCUGGGCCUUGCGCGGUGCAGCCUUUGGUCCCUGGAGUGAGUUGCGCAUGUCAUCUCGCGCUCCUCCCCGACCUUACUUCCGUGUCUCCGAGAACUAACUAGGAACAUCGACGCCGGAGACCGUGGCCACGAGGCGGGCGGGGUGAGAAGUGCCCAUGGCAUGGCCCUAUCCUCGCGUGCGUGGGGUGUUGAACAGCAUGGCACGUUCCGCGUGACGUUUCUAGCCUGGCUGUAGGUCUAAACCUGUGCUGAAUAGGCAUAGGUUUUACAGUUCAGCUCUGGGGGUUUUAACUCUCCCAGGGAAACAACCAACGUCAGUUUCUCUAAGGAACUGGAUCCAGUGUUUUGACACCUGUACAAACGUCCCCCAGCGUGAAAUUUCUGGUCAAAUGAAGGCAAGGCCACGAAUUUAAUGGGGAGGGGCGAUGGGAAUGGGCGAGUGAGUUGAAUGGGAAUGAGAACUUUGUAAACAAAGGACCCGUGAUUUGAAAGUGCAAAUCGAAGGCGGAGAAAACAGGGUGAGAAGGCAGUUGUGACUAUGUGUUGACUACGGUUUUCUUACUACUGAAUGUCUCACUGGAAUCAUGGAAGAGAAACAGCAAAUUCUAUUGGCUAAUCAAGAUGGUGGGACAGUGACAGGAGCAGCACCUACCUUCUUUGUCAUCCUGAAACAGCCAGGAAAUGGCAAAACCGAUCAAGGAAUUUUGGUUACUAAUCGAGAUGCCUGUACUUUGUCGAGUAGGGUAUCAUCACCAGGAAAAUCUAAAGGGAAGAUUUGCCUUCCAGCCGAUUGUACUGUGGGAAGAAUCACUGUUACCCUUGAUAACAAUAGUAUGUGGAAUGAGUUCCAUAAUCGAAGUACAGAGAUGAUUCUGACUAAGCAGGGAAGACGUAUGUUUCCUUAUUGUCGCUAUUGGAUAACAGGCUUAGAUUCAAAUUUAAAGUAUAUCCUUGUGAUGGACAUAUCUCCUGUGGAUAACCAUCGUUAUAAGUGGAAUGGUCGUUGGUGGGAACCCAGUGGGAAGGCUGAACCCCAUAUUUUGGGGAGAGUUUUUAUUCAUCCAGAAUCUCCUUCCACAGGUCAUUAUUGGAUGCAUCAACCAGUAUCUUUCUAUAAACUCAAACUUACCAACAAUACACUGGACCAGGAAGGGCAUAUUAUCUUGCACUCUAUGCAUCGUUACCUGCCAAGGCUUCAUUUGGUGCCUGCAGAAAAGGCUACAGAAGUGAUACAAUUAAAUGGCCCUGGUGUUCAUACUUUUACUUUCCCCCAGACUGAAUUCUUUGCAGUAACAGCUUAUCAAAACAUUCAGAUUACCCAGUUGAAAAUAGAUUAUAAUCCAUUUGCCAAAGGCUUUCGGGAUGAUGGGUUAAGCAGUAAACCCCAGAGAGAUGGAAAACAAAGGAAUAGCUCUGAUCAAGAAGGUAAUAGUGUUCGUCUUACUGAAGGGGAGGGAUCAGAGAUACAGUCAGGUGAUUUUGAUCCUGUGUUAAGGGGUCAUGAAACAUCAGGCCUCGCUUUGGAGAAGCCGCCUCAUAAUGUAAAACAAGACUUUCUUGGUUUUAUUAGUACUGAUACAGCACUUGAAGUUCCUCAACUGAAGCAUGAAAUUUCUGAAAGUCUUACUGCGAACAGUUUUGAAGAUGAUUCCCAGAUUGCCUCACCGUUAAACCCGAAUGGAAACUUUAAUGUCGUUAUUAAAGAGGAGCCUUUAGAUGAUUAUGAUUAUGAACUUGGUGAAUGCCCAGAAGGGGUCACCGUGAAGCAAGAAGAGACAGAUGAGGAAACGGAUGUCUACUCCAACAGCGAUGAUGAUCCUAUUUUAGAGAAACAACUAAAGAGACACAAUAAAGUUGAUAACUUGGAAGCUGAUCAUCCAUCUAAUAAAUGGCUACCGAGUAGCCCAGGUGUUGCUAAAGCUAAAAUGUUUAAAUUAGAUGCUGGAAAAAUGCCAGUGGUUUACCUAGAACCUUGUGCGGUCACCAAAAACACAGUGAAAAUUUCUGAACUCCCUGAUAAUAUGCUUUCUACAUCUCGAAAAGAUAAAUCAGUGUUGGCAGAAUUAGAAUAUUUGCCUACAUAUAUUGAAAAUUCCAGUGGGACUGGCUUUUGCUUAAGUAAGGAUUCAGAAAAUAGUCUCAGAAAACAUUCAUCAGAUCUCAGAAUGGUACAAAAAUAUACUUUACUUAAAGAACCUCAGUGGAACUAUCCUGACGUAUUUGAUAACAGCACAGAAAGAACAAAUGACAGUUCAAAGGGAUCAACUGGAGACUCGUUUUCAGGAAAAGAGGACUUGGGCAAAAAGCGAACAGCUGUGCUUAAAAUGACAACACCCUCAAAGACUGUGAAUGCUAGCCAGAGUGCCUCUCUAAAUACUCCUGGAAAAAGAGGAAGGCCUCGAAAGGUGAGACUCUCUAAGGCAGGGAGACCACCUAAAAACACAGGGAAGUCUUUAACUGCUACAAAGAAUAUUCCUGUAGGCCCUGGAAAUACCUUCCCUGAUGUGAAGCCUGAUCUAGAAGAUGUGGAUGGUGUGCUCUUUGUUUCCUUUGAAUCAAAGGAGGCGCUAGAUAUUCAUGCAGUUGAUGGGACCACAGAAGAACCUUCUAGUCUUCCAACUACAACCACAAAUGAUCCAGGUUGCAGAACAAGAAUUUCCCAGUUGGAAAAGGAAUUAAUAGAAGAUUUGAAGUCUUUGCGGCAUAAGCAGGUGAUCCAUCCUGCUCUUCAAGAAGUGGGCUUAAAACUGAAUUCAGUGGACCCAACAAUGAGCAUUGAUCUUAAAUACUUGGGAGUACAACUGCCUUUGGCUCCAGCCACCAGCUUUCCCUUUUGGAACCUUACAGGAACCAACCCUGCCUCUCCUGAUGCUGGGUUUCCUUUUGUUUCUAGGACAGGGAAGACCAAUGACUUCACCAAGAUCAAAGGGUGGAGAGGAAAAUUUCAUAGUGCUUCUGCAUCUAGGAAUGAAGGUGGAAAUGCCGAGGCUUCACUGAAAAACCGUUCUGCCUUCUGUAGUGAUAAGCUAGAUGAGUACUUGGAAAAUGAAGGCAAGCUGAUGGAAACAAGCAUGGGCUUCUCUUCCAAUGCUCCCACAUCUCCAGUAGUAUACCAGCUACCUACCAAGAGUACCAGCUAUGUUCGAACUCUUGAUAGUGUACUCAAGAAGCAAUCUACUGUUUCCCCUUCUACCUCUUACUCUGUGAAGUCCCAUUCUGUAACCACUGCCUCUCGAAAAACAAAAUCUCAAAACAAACAAGCAACACUGAGUGGUCGAACUAAAUCAUCUUAUAAGUCUAUUUUACCAUACCCUGUUUCACCAAAACAGAAAAACUCUCAUGUGAUCCCAGGAGAUAAAAUUGCUAAGAAUUCCUUAAGUACAGCCUCAGAUAAUCAGGUGACUAACUUGGUUGUGCCAGCUGUAGAUGAAAGUGCGUUUCCAAAGCAGAUUAGUCUGCGGCAGGCGCAGCAACAGCAGCUGCAGCAGCAGCAGCAGCAAGGAACACGCCCUCUAGGGCUGUCGAAGUCUCAAGUAAAGCUUAUGGACCUGGAAGACUGUGCGCUUUGGGAAGGAAAACCAAGGACAUACAUUACUGAAGAGCGAGCAGAUGUCUCCUUGACAACUCUGCUUACUGCUCAAGCAUCCCUCAAAACCAAACCUAUCCACACAAUCAUAAGGAAACGAGCUCCUCCAUGCAACAAUGACUUCUGUCGCCUGGGUUGUGUCUGUUCCAGUCUAGCUUUGGAGAAGCGCCAGCCUGCUCACUGCCGUCGACCAGACUGCAUGUUUGGCUGCACUUGUUUGAAAAGAAAAGUUGUAUUGGUUAAAGGGGGCUCCAAAACAAAGCAUUUCCAUAAGAAGGCUGCUCAUCGAGAUCCGUUGUUUUAUGAUACACUGGGAGAAGAACCAAGGGAAAGAGGAGGAGUCAGAGAAGAUGAUGAACAAUUGAAGGAGAAAAAGAAGAGAAAGAAGCUGGAAUACACCGUAUGUGAAGCGGAACCUGAACAGCCUGUUCGACAUUACCCACUGUGGGUGAAAGUGGAAGGUGAAGUAGAUCCAGAGCCAGUUUAUAUUCCAACACCUUCUGUCAUGGAGCCUGUGAGACCAUUGGUGUCACCUCAGCCAGACAUACCUUCUACUACCGUGAAGGGCAAACCCACUGGAAUUAAACCAGCACGAGCAUACACUCCCAAACCCAAUCCUGUGAUACGAGAGGAGGACAAAGAUCCCGUCUAUUUGUACUUUGAAAGUAUGAUGACUUGUGCCCGAGUUCGCGUGUAUGAACGGAAGAACGAGGAACAGAGGCGGCCGUCUCCACCAGUGUCCCCGUCUUUGUUAUAUCAGCAGCAGAGUUCGUGGUCUUCUAGUCCGGAGAACCAUAGUACAAAGGAACCUGAUUCUGAACAGACCUUAAAGCAACUUAUUUGUGACUUGGAAGAGGAUUCUGAUAAAUCACAAGAAAAGAGCUGGAAAUCUCCCUGCAAUGAAGGAGAAUCCUCUUCUACCUCUUAUGUACAUCAGAGGUCACCUGGUGGUCCUACCAAACUGAUAGAAAUCAUCUCAGACUGCAACUGGGAAGAAGAUCGUAAUAAGAUCUUGAGCAUCUUAUCUCAACACAUCAAUAGCAACAUGCCGCAGUCACUUAAGGUGGGCAGCUUCAUCAUUGAGUUGGCUUCUCAGCGGAAGUGUCGGGGCGAGAAGAACCCUCCUGUUUAUUCUUCUCGUGUGAAAAUCUCUAUGCCAUCAAGUCAAGACCAGGAUGAUAUGGCUGAGAAAUCUGGAUCAGAGACUCCUGAUGGUCCAUUGUCCCCUGGGAAAAUGGAUGAUAUCUCUCCUGUGCAGACAGAUGCCCUGGAUUCAGUGAGGGAAAGAUUACAUGGAGGCAAAGGUCUGCCUUUUUAUGCAGGGCUUUCUCCUGCAGGGAAGCUUGUGGCCUAUAAACGUAAACCCAGUUCAACUACAUCUGGGCUUAUCCAGGUUAAUGGUAAGAGUUACCCGCAGGCUAAGUUGCUAUUGGGACAGAUGGGGGCAUUGCAUCCAGCCAAUAGGCUAGCUGCUUAUAUCACAGGCAGGUUGCGACCCUCAGUCCUGGACCUCUCAACCCUCAGUACUGUCAUCUCCAAGGUAGCAUCCAAUGCCAAGGUGGCUGCAUCCAGGAAACCACGCACCCUGUUGCCUUCAACAUCCAAUUCCAAAAUGGCAUCCUCUGGCCCAGCAACAAAUCGCUCUGGGAAGAAUCAGAAGGCAUUUGUUCCAGCAAAAAGGCCAAUUGCGGCUCGGCCCUCUCCUGGUGGUGUGUUCACACAGUUUGUGAUGAGCAAAGUUGGAGCCCUGCAGCAGAAGAUACCUGGAGUUCGCACACCUCAACCCCUGACAGGGCCACAGAAGUUCAGUAUCAGGCCUUCUCCAGUAAUGGUCGUCACACCUGUGGUUUCUUCUGAGCCAGUUCAGGUGUGCAGCACUGUGACGGCUGCUGUCACUACUUCCCCUCAAGUGUUUUUAGAAAAUGUUACUGCUGUGACAUCUGUGACUGCUGUUUCUGAUGUGGGAGCUAAAGAAGCUACUUGUUCUUCUGGUGCCUCUGCUGCUGGGGUUGUUGAGAUCUCUGAAACUAAUAACACUACCCCUGUAACGUCUGCCCAGUCUACAGCCACUGUGAACCUUAUCAAAACUACUGGGAUAACUACUAGUCCUGUGGCUUCGGUUGCAUUUCCUAAGUCGUUGGUAGCAUCUCCAACCGUAACUCUUCCUGUUGCUUCCACUGCCUCCACCUCCGUAGCCAUGGUUACCACAGCUGCAUCUCCCUCCAUGGUGACCACACCAACUUCAUCGCUGAGUUCUGUACCUAUUAUACUCUCAGGAAUUAAUGGAAGCCCACCAGUGAGCCAGAGACCAGAAAAUACCCCUCAAAUUCCAGUGACUACUCCACAGAUCUCUCCUAACAAUGUGAAACGUACUGGACCUCGAUUGUUGUUGAUUCCAGUGCAGCAGGGUUCUCCUACACUUAGACCAGUCCCAAACCCACAACUUCAGGGACAGCGGAUGGUCUUACAGCCUGUUAGGAGUCCAAGUGGAAUGAACUUGUUCAGGCACCCCAAUGGGCAGAUUGUCCAACUCCUACCUUUACAUCAGAUUCGAGGCUCUAAUACCCAACCCAGCUUACAGCCUGUGGUGUUUCGGAACCCAGGAUCUGUGGUGGGAAUCCGACUACCAGCUCCUUCCAAAUCUUCUGAGACUUCAUCAUCUUCUACUUCGUCCUCUGCCUUCUCUGUCAUGAGUCCUGUAAUUCAGGCUGUUGGGUCUUCUCCGACAGUAAAUGUCAUUACUCAGGCACCUUCAUUGGUUUCCGGUGGAUCUAGUUUUGUCUCUCAGGCUGGUACACUGACACUGAGGAUUUCUCCUCCUGAACCUCAAAACUUUGCAAGUAAAACAGCCUCUGACAGCAAAAUAACACCCAGCACUGGAGGGCAGCCUGUCGGAACUGCUAGUCUCAUUCCUCUGCAGUCAGGUAGCUUUGCCUUGUUGCAGCUCCCAGGACAAAAGCCUGUUCCUAGCUCCAUUCUUCAGCAGGUUGCUUCCCUUCAGGUAAAAAAGGAAUGUCAGAAUGCAGACCAGAAAGAUGAAAUAAACUCCAUCAAAAGAGAGGAGGAAACUAAGAAAGCUCUAACAUCAAAUGAAGAAGCUGUAGACACCAAGGCUGAUAGAAUCAAGCAAAACUCAGGAAUUAUUGCCUCAGAAGAUACCUUGAAUGAUUCAUUGGAUGAUGGGGGUGAUCUUUUGGAUGAAGAAACCCUUACAGAAGAUGCCAGACCUUAUGAACGCUCUUUUAGCACUGGGUCUCACACAGAUGAAGACAGAGAUGGUGAUGAAGAAUCUGGGAACAGGAAUCAGAGCAGUCCAAAGGAAAAACAGACUGUUCCAAAGGUUAGGAAUAUUUCUGAAAAGGUCCAGCGUGUCAGUAAAGUACGGCCUCAAAAAUGUGCUGAGGUGAAGAUGGAACAGCAACAAGGAUCAGACAAUCCAGAGGACCCAGAUGAGUUUCUAUUCAUCCCUAAGGAAGAAAGUAACUUUGAACUAACAGGGAGCCAAGUUGAGGAACAGCAAUUUAAUUCACAGGCAGAGGCCAAGAAGGAUUGUGAAGACUCUCUGGGGAAGGACAGUCUUGGAGAGAGAUGGAGAAAACGUUUGAAGGGCCCCUUAACUCAGAAGUACAUUGGAAUUUCACAAGAAUAUAAAAAAGAGGCAGACAUGCAGUUCUUUACAGAAACAAAGCCAUGUCAAGAAAAUUCUGAACAAGACAUCUCUGACUUACUUGGAAAAAGUGGAACUACUGAGAAUGAUGGAGUGUUAAAAACUGAGGAUAGUUCUUGGAGUAGCAUUUCUAGUUCUGCAGCCUUCUCUAUUAUUCCUAGGAGAGCUACAAAAGGAAGAAGAGGGAGCAGACGUUUUCAGGAUCAUUUUCUGCUCCCAAGAGAACAGAUAAAACCAAAGCAAGAGAUGAAGGGUGGGAGAAGCAGUGCUGACUUGACUGCUUUGGAUUUGGAAGAGGAGGACGAGGAAGACGAGAAUGAGAAAACCGAUGAUUCUGUUGAUGAGAUUGUGGAUGUUGUUUCUGGCUACCAGAGUGAGGAGGUUGAUGUAGAAAAGGUGAAUAACUAUGUAGACUAUAUUGAGGAUGAUGAGCAGGUGGAUGUUGAGACUAUAGAAGAGCUCUCAGAGGAAAUUAACGUUGCCUACAAGAAGACCACAGUAACUCACACACAGUCCUUCAAACAGCCGUGUCAUAGCCAAAUCUCUGCAGAUGAAAAAGCUGCUGAAAAGAUUCGAAAGCUUCCAUUAAUUUCUCCAAAACUGAAAGAUGAUUGCUGGAGUGAUAAACCACAGAAAGAAACAGAAGCCUUUGCAUAUUACCGCCGGACACAUACUGCCAAUGAGCGGCGGCGACGUGGUGAAAUGAGGGAUCUCUUUGAAAAAUUGAAGACUACGUUGGGUUUACUUCAUUCUUCCAAAGUUUCCAAAAGUCUCAUUCUUACUCGGGCAUUCAGUGAAAUUCAAGGACUAACAGACCAGGCAGAUAAAUUGAUAGGACAGAAAAAUCUCCUGAGUCGAAAACGAAAUGUUUUGAUACGGAAGGUAUCAUCUCUUUCAGGUAAGACAGAAGAAGUGGUCCUGAAGAAGCUAGAGUAUAUUUAUGCAAAACAACAAGCACUAGAGGCACAAAAAAGAAAAAAGAAGAUGGGAUCAGAUGAGUUUGGUGUCUCUCCCAGAAUUAGCAAACAGCUGGAGGGAUCGUCUACAUCAUCUGUAGAUCUUGGACAAAUGUUCUUAAAUAACAGGAGGGGGAAACCUUUGAUUCUUUCCAGAAAAAGAGACCAGGCUACAGAAAAUGCAUUGCCUUCUAAUACUCCACACUCCUCUGCAAACCUGGUGAUGACUCCACAAGGCCAGUUACUUACCCUCAAAGGCCCCCUAUUCUCAGGACCAGUGGUAGCUGUCUCUCCUGCUCUCUUAGAUGCUGAUCUGAAGCCUCAAGUUGCAAGUAGUACUAUGGCUCAGUCAGAGAAUGAUGACUUAUUUAUGAUGCCACGAAUUGUUAAUGUGACAUCAUUGGCUGCAGAGGACGAUUUGGUAGGUGUGGGUGGCAGCAAAUAUCCUCAUGAAGUUCCUGAUGGCAAACCACUUGACCACCUGAGAGACAUUGUUGGGAAUGAAGCUAGUUCCUUAAAAGAUACAGAUAGGAUCUCUUCCAGAGGAAACCAUAGAGAUGGCAGAAUGGCACGGGGCGCAACACAAGUGUUUUUGGCAAAUAAAGAUUCUGGGUUUCCACAUGUAGUCGAUAUUUCCAAUAUGCAGGCAGCACAGGAGUUUGUACCUAAAAAGAUUUCUGGUGAUGUGAGAGGACAUCGGUAUAAAUGGAAAGAGUGUGAGUUGAGAGGGGAGAGAUUGAAGUCAAAGGAAUCGCAGUUUCAUAAAUUAAAGAUGAAGGAUCUCAAGGACUCAAGCAUAGAGAUGGAACUGAGGAAGGUGGCGUCAGCUAUUGAGGAUGCAGCCCUUGAUCCCAGUGAGCUGCUGACUGCCACGGAGGAUGAGGAUGACACUGAUGAGACCCUGACUUCACUGCUCAAUGAGAUCGCCUUUCUCAAUCAGCAACUGAACGAUGACUCCGGCCUGGCGGAACUGCCUGGCCCAAUGGAUACAGAAUUCCCAGAGGAUGCUCAUCGAGCUUUUAUCAGUAAACUUGCUCCUGGGAACAGAUCAGCUUUCCAGGUUGGACACUUGGGAACAGGUUUGAAAGAGUUGCCUGAUGUCCAAGAGGAGAGUGAAUCAAUCAGCCCCCUCCUGUUGCACUUGGAAGAUGAUGACUUUUCUGAGAAUGAAAAACAACUUGGGGACACAGCUUCUGAGCCAGAUGUCCUUAAGAUUGUUAUCGACUCUGAGAUAAAGGAUUCUCUGGUUCCCCAUAGGAAAUCUGGUGAUAGAGGGAAGAGUACUUCGGGUCUCCCUGCAGAGCCUGAAAGUGUAUCCUCACCUCCCAUCCUACACAUGAAGACUGGCCCAGAGAACAGCAACACAGAUACUUUGUGGAGGCCUAUGCCAAAGUUGGCCCCUUUGGGUUUAAAAGUGGCUAAUCCUCCUAGUGACGCAGAUGGUCAGAGUCUCAAGGUGAUGCCUUCCUUGGCACCUAUAGCUGCCAAAGUUGGACACAAAGUGAACUUAACAGGGAAUAAUGACCAGGAAGGUCGGGAGAACAAGGUGAUGCCUACAUUGGCACCUGUUGUGGCUAAAUUGGGCAGCUCCGGGGUUCCAUCAAGUUCUUCAGGGAAAUGAACUCAUUCAUCCUCAUGCAAAAGCCAGGCUAUGAGGGGAAACUGAAUUUCACCUCCUUUCUCUGCAGGCAUCUGUGUGUUUGUCUUACCGAACUAUAAUCUUUGACUUUGAUUAUGUGUGGAUAUUGAUGGAGAAAGGGGGCGUAGGGUGCUGGUCCUGGUGUUUGAAAUUCUGAUCAUGUUAAAAAUGUUACCUCACUUGUGGUGCUGGGUGCCCCAUCUUCUCUAAGAAGGUGUGAUCCCUCUUGCCCAAGGAAUUCAUAACAAGAACCUGGCUCCCUCGAGUACCUUAUUUUUUUUCCCCUGAGAAAAUGCUUGAGACUUGGAAUUACUAUGAACUAAACUGCAGGUGAUAGUUGUUAGCUCUAAAAUCUGAGAAUUUGGAUACAGUUGUGUAAAGGGAGCUAAAAAAGAAUUUGUAGUUACUAUUUCAACAAUAGGGCAUGAUAGAGCUGGGCGUGUUAGUGCACACUUGUAAUUCUACCACUUAGAAGACGGAAGCAGGAGAAUUACAAGCUGUGUCUGGCCUGGCUAUAAAAGAACCCCCCCCACACACACACACACAAAUUGGGGGAGAAAGGAGGAGGGAAGAAUGUUAUGUUAGGAUGGAUAUUAUGGAAUACCAAAGUGAAGGGUUUUUGUCAUUCAGUAGACUGUUCUUUCAUAUCCUGAAUAGCUGUUCCCUUACCCUUUCAGUCAUCAUCAUAAACUUAAGCUUUCUGGUAAAGUAGGAAUAUACUUUUAACUUUUACUAUUAAUGUACGUAUUUUGAGAGGCUAAAAAAGAGAUACUUCCUUACUGUUUUUUGGGAUAUUGAAAGAUUUGUUCACAAUGCCAGGGAUUUCUACCCAUUAGUUUUUCGGAGGUAGACAUAGAGACAGUUCCUUCUUUUUCCAAAAUCAUGUCACUCCAGAAACAGCUAAAAUAAAAAGCAUUUUCUCCCCAAACCAGAGACCAUAGCCAAAAUAAAAAUUUGUGGAGCUGGAUAUUUCCUAAAUGGAACCAGCCUCUAAGUGCUUGAAGGUUUCAUUCACUGUUACCUUCACAGGAUGUAAAGAAAAGGCAAAUCACAGUAGGCAUUCUUUACCAGGGAAGUAAGGCAGUAUUUGAGUCACAAGAUAUAUUUUUUAUCUGCUACCAUGGCAUCAAUGAUCUAUAGAGCUUUUUCACUCAUUAACUGUCAGGAUAUGAAGGACUGACAACUUGUAAAGAUGAAGAUAUUUAUAUUUUUGUAUAGUUGUUUUCAUAGAUUUCUCAAAGGAUGAAGUUUUCAACCUAGAAGAGAUUUGUAUUGAGUAUAGAAAUGUUUCCUAUCUAGUUUGUAAAUAAUCAUGGUGCAUUUGAGGGGUCUCUUGGAAACUCCUGGGGCAAGAAUCACUGUUCUGAAAAUGUAUAGACUGAGAUUUCGCUGCUGCAUUUUGCCUUUCUUAAAUAAUUAUAUUUUGGAAUGUAACCCGUUCUGUCUUCAAUGACAGGAUUUGCUUGUGUUGUAAAACACUUUAACACAAGUGCUUCCGGUGCCUGGGCAGUGCCUGGGAAUUCUAUUUCUUUUACAUCCCUGCCUUCUCUAUCUCAAGUCCCACUCAGUGUAUCUUCAGACCUAGGUUGUGAGACCAACUUUGGAAUGAAUCUAGCCAGUGAAUUAGGACUUCUGUGUUUGAUUCCCUUUUUAGAUUAACUCUGAUAAUCAUCAGAUGGAAAGGAUGAAGAAACUUCCACUGAAAAUGCAGUGGAAGUAAACUCUUCAUUGGUUUUGUGCUGCCUGCCUGCCUUCCUGGACAGCUCAGCAGCACUUAACCUCCUGUUUACUACAAAAGCCUGACAUAGUAAAACAGGAUUCCUCGCUUCUCCUUUGUCCUUUUUGUCCUUUACCCAGCUGACUUCAUCCAAUGCCUUAGCCAAGGAGUGCAGCCCCUGUCGCCCUUGCUAACAGCUGUCCUCGGAGACCUAGUUCUUUAGCCCGGGCAUAGCAGUUUCCAGUGGUUUUAUUGCCUGUUUCUUUCCCAUGUUUCCUUCUGGCUUUUGAGAGUCAGACAAGAAGUAGACAAGGGAGUGAAUAAUCCUCAGGAAAAGAAGGACCAUUUUAGCUUCUGAAUACUUUCUUUUUUUUUUUCCCCUUUUUUUUUUUUAAAUUUGGAAAAAAAAAUAGGCAAAAAAUAGGUCAGAGUUUAUUCUUGAUUGGAAGAUACUUGGCUGUGUUUAUGAGAGAUGUAGAAAGAUAGAAAUGAGGUUUGGUUCUAGGUGUUCAGGGAAAGCUGCAGAUGUUAUUACAAACUCCCAAGAUACGUUGUUCUUAAGACAGAUUUAGGAGCUAUCAGGGCUAAUUUGAGGAGGGCUUAGUCUUCAGAACAAUCUUGUAGUCUUGACAGAAAUCCAUAAUCUCCCCAAACUCCUACCCUUUGCAUUAGGGUAACCUUAUAUUAGGAGAAACUGGUCUAUGAAAAUGACAUGUAUGAUUAUGAAAGGUGAAUUUAAGUGAGAACAUUGAAGGAACCUGGAAAAAAAGCUCCCACCCUAACUAAGAAGCAUGAUCUCAGUAGACCAAUAACUCGCCUUUUUAUACACCUGUAAAUAAAUGGAAUGUUUUUAAGAAUAUAAUUAUGUCAGAUUUAGCAUUUUCUUUUAUAUAUUAAAUAUAUAUCUUUCA